GUCAACUUGAAGGGAUACAAAGAUUCGACUGUUGACCUGAAUGAGGAAGAGUUAGAGAAUACUGAUGACCAGAAUGAGGAAGAGGUACAGAAACGGUAUGCAGUGUUAAUCUAUGGUCUGCGUCAAGCGGAAUCUCUGGUCCUCAAAUUUGGUACCACCACGGCAUUCUGGAGUGCUUGUCGGCUGUUGAGAGGUCGACCUUCGCCUUUUAGAAGAUUGAAGUCCUUGACUUUGCGUCAUAAGGAGGAUGACAUGGACAUGUUAACUGCUGAUCAGCAGGUUUUGAUUUCUUACUUCUUCGGCAGCUCUGGUCGCAGAAUAGACUACGGCCAUCGAGUUACAAAGAUUUUCAGGCUAUAUCCCUGCACCAUCAUCCCUAGUAAUUGAACAUUUUUGCAAGCUGAAAGU